GUCGAUAAGAUAUUUGGACCAAUGAAGUGUAGAUUAACAGUGCCUCGAGAUGCAACCAAAAUAUCAGCACCGUCCCUUUGUGCCCAUGCAAUUUGUGUUGUGCUUAGUUUCUGACACCAGGCGGAUUACGUUGAAAGCUAUACAUGGAGGUUUCCUGACAAGGGAUCCGAAGCUGGGAACUCAAGCGUAUCCUGAAGGAUUACUUGCGAUCGAAUGACGAAGGAGUUAUCUGAAUCCAACAGGCAGUGCAGGAGUACAACCCUGCCCUUGCUCUCCCUGUUUUAUUUCGAGAUUAUUCAGAGAUAGAAUCAAGAUUUUAGAGGCGGAAGGGCGACGUAAUACUAUUUACGAACAAUCAGCUUUCAACCCAGUUUACAAUGUAAAUUCCAGUCUUACUGCGAAACUCUUGCUUUCAGCCUUCAAGAAUGAACUUCACGAAAACAUGCUGGCAAGUGCGAAAUGCUUGGUUGGGGAGAAAUUGGGGUAUUUGGAAAUACUUGGAAGCAGAGCAAACAGGACAGCCGUGUAGGAUUGGAAGUUGUGAAUUGUUUUCAUUGAGCGUGCAGGCUGAUAGCCGGGACACACACUAGAGAGCAGCAGAGAGAGAGAGCGAGCGAGACUGGUGCUGAGAUAGAGAGAUAAAGAGAGAGAGAGAGCCGGGUCAGCCGUUCAGAGACCCAGUCUGACGAAAGUGUAAGCGGAGGAGAAGGCGAUGGCUGGGUCGGGGGAGAGGAGCAGCCAGCAGCCGCUGGAGGAGUGCCUGGAAGCGGCAGUGCAGGUGGCGCUGGAAGCCGGCCAGAUAAUUAGAGAAGCGUUAAGGAUUGAAAAGCGAGUGCAGACAAAAUCCUCGGCAGCAGACCUUGUAACUGAAACAGACCAGCUCGUUGAAAAUCUAAUCAUCUCGACUCUAAGCAAAAAGUUUCCUUCACACAGAUUUAUUGGUGAAGAAUCAGUUGCAGCUGGUGAAAAGUGCAUUCUGACCGAUGAUCCCACUUGGAUAAUAGACCCCAUCGAUGGAACAUGUAACUUUGUACACGGAGCACCGGUGGUGGCAGUUUCUAUUGGACUUUCUGUCAAAAAAGAGCUUGAACUUGGUGUAAUUUAUAGCUGUGUUGAAGAGAAGUUAUAUACUGGCAGAAAAGGUCAUGGAGCAUUUUGUAAUGGGCAGAAACUUCAGGCAUCUAAUCAGACAGACUUGUCAAAGGCUCUGAUAUUAACUGAACUUGGCUCAAUUCGGGAUCCUGUGGCAGUAAAGAUGCUGUUUAAUAACAUGGAGAGGUUGCUAAAGGUGCCGGCACAUGGGAUCAGGAUAGUAGGAAGCGCAGCUCUUGACUUGUGCCAUGUUGCAGCUGGUGAUGUAGAUGCCUUUUACCAGUUUGGCCUCCAUUGCUGGGAUAUGGCUGCUGCUGCUGUCAUUGUGAGGGAGGCUGGAGGGAUCAUGAUGGAUACAGCAGGAGGACCACUGGACCUCAUGUCUCGGAGGGUGGUAGCAGCUGGCACUCCUGAGAUGGCUUGUCAGAUUGCCAAGGAACUGCAGCCAGUGGCUUACGAGCGGGAUGAUGGCACUGAAGGCACAAGUAACUCACUGUCCAAAUAAAGACAAGUUUCGAGUGUUCACUGGUGGAACUGGAGCAGAAUCACAGUGUUGAAUCUAAAAAAUAACUUACAGUGACAAGCUGCUAUGACCUCCGCACUGCACUUUGUGCUAUGAUUUAUAACAAAAGAAGUAACACCGUGAACUGGUCUAAUAACGUCCCGCUCUCCCUGCAGGAAUCAACAAUGCAUCUUCUAUUGAAUUAUGUUGGUCUAAUUUUCUACUGUUACCAUUUAAUGUUUGGACAGACUGAUGGGGAUAAAUGAUAGUUGUAACCUAACUCACUGGUAGGGCGAGGACUGGAGUGCAUGGAAUUGAGUGGACUGCUGGUUUUACACUGACUUCAAAGGAGAAUGAAAUCAGACGAAGUGUAAAGCUAGGAUUGCACUUACUGCCAUCAGUUCCUUGAUGGACAAGUUAGGCUCCCCCCCACCCCCACGUAGUCUUGUUAAAAUUUGCCAGGCUGUUACUGACAGAGUAACUUAUUGAAGUGUGAUGGGGGGUGUGCAAAAACCUGGAACUAAGACUGUGAUUCUGUAAAAUUUCAGUAAAAGAUUAAUCUCCCAUCCUUUAUUUAAUAUUUCAACAAAUUCAAAAAGAAUUCACUACUAAUGGGAGAAAAUAAAGGUCAGGUCUAAUAUGUGCAUUUUCUUACAGACUGUUCUCUGUUUAAUUGUAGGGCCUUCCAUAUUUCAUAACUCAUGAAAACUGGUUGAAUCAGAUUUUUAAAAAUUCUAUCAUGGUGUUUAAAUAGGGUAAAAUAGGUCUUUAUUGGGAGAGCAAAGUGAAGGAUAAUGAACCCGCAGCCCAUUAUCAAUGGUAAGGGGCAUCUUGGUUUUAUUCUUUCAUGGGAUGUGGGUAUUGCUGGCAAGUCCAGCAUUUGUUGCCCAUCCCUAAUUGCCCUUGAACUGAGUGGCUUGCUUGGCCAUUUCAGAGGGCAUGUAAGAAUCAACCACAUUG